AAUGAGCGACUCGGGCCGGGCGCGGGUAGCUGGGCGGACACGCUGCUCCCUCGCCGCAGCUCCCGCCCCAGCCCGGUGUAGUGCGGGGCUCCCACCGCAGUGCCCCGGCCGAACCCCAGCCGCGUUCCCUGCAUCGCCUCGCUACCAAUCCCGCGUGAACCGCAGAUACGCGAGGCCCGGGACUUUUAACUUGGGGGGGUCCCGACGCCUCCGAGGCUGGGACAAGAGUGUAAAAGAAAAUGCACUUGGCUGCAUAAGCAACCUACCUGCUAUCAAUCAGUUAUUUACUGGUCUGAAUGGGAAAGGGUUUCCCCAAUUGGACGGUAGAAAAGAUGUUUGAUAUCAAAGCGUGGGCUGAAUAUGUUGUGGAAUGGGCUGCAAAGGACCCAUAUGGCUUUCUCACCACUGUGAUCUUGGCCCUUACACCAUUGUUCCUAGCAAGUGCAGUGCUAUCAUGGAAACUGGCAAAAAUGAUUGAAGCCAGGGAACGAGAGCAAAAGAAGAAACAGAAACGCCAGGAAAAUAUUGCAAAAGCCAAACGAACAAAGAGGGAUUAAGUGAGGCAAAAUGCCAUCCUUUUGCAAAAAAGAGCUUUUGUUGAAGCAUUCUUGUACACCUGUAUCUUUGUGUGGUGUUGUUUUCGUCCAACAAUCUUCUUGAACUGACAUUUCAACCCCUGAAAUUAUUCAUGUUCUGCUUAAACAGUUUGUGUUGAUAUCUCGG